GAUCACGUGGAGGAAAUGCAGCAGAUUCACAAGUCUUAUCUGCAGAGGAGGUUUCAGUGUCUGAUUGAGGGCAGCAUAGAGCAGGGAAAAUCCACAGAACUGAAUAAGGUCUACACAGAUCUCUACAUCACAGAGGGGAGAUGGGGUUGGAUCAAUGAUAAACACGAGGUCAGACAGAUAGAGAGUGCAUCCUGGGGAGAAGGGAAAUUAGACAGACCAAUCAAAUGUGGUGACCUCUUUAAACCUGGACAUAGACAAGCCAACAUCAGAUCAGUGCUGACAAGUGGAGUGGCUGGUGUUGGAAAAACGGUCUCUGUGCAUAAGUUCAUUCUGGACUGGGCUGAAGGAAAAGCCAACCAGGACAUCCACUUCAUAUUUCCUUUUCUUUUCCGGGAGCUGAACCGGAUGAAGGAGAAGAAACUCAGUCUGGUGGGUCUUAUUCAGUACUUUUACCCCAAGAUAAAAGCGGAAAAAAUACUCACCAGUUCAAAGCACAGAGUAAUGUUCAUCUUAGAUGGUCUGGAUGAGUGUCGACUUCAUCUGCAGUUCAGACACAGGUCAAAAUAUUGUGAUUUGACAAAGCAAGUCCGAGUCUCCAUGUUGCUGACAAACCUCAUCCAGGGGAAUCCCUCUGCUUUCCUCUGGAUCACCACCCGACCAGCAGCAGCCAGUCUGAUUCCUCGUGAGUGGAUAAACAAAGUGACACAAAUAACAGGAUUCAACAAUAAACAGAAAGAGGAGUACUUUGGGAAGAGAAUCAGUGAUGAGAAUCUGGCCAGCAAAGUCAUCAGACACCUGAAGUCAUCCAGGAGCCUCUUCAUCAUGUGCCACAUUCCAGUCUUCUGCUGGAUUUCAGCCAUUGUUGCAGAGAGAACAUCCGACGAAUCAGACAAAGCUGAAUUGCCAAGGACCAUGACUCAAAUGUACAGCCACUUUCUCAUAAUUCAGACCAGCAUCAAAAAGGCCAAGUACACAGAGAGAAAAGAGACGGAAGAAGAGAUAAUUUUCAAACUGGGGAAACUGGCAUUUCAGCAGCUGGAGAAGGGAAACCUGAUCUUCUAUGAGGAAGACCUGAGAGAGGCUGGCAUUGAUGUCACAGAAGCAUCAGUGUACUCAGGAGUGUGUACUCAGAUCUUCAGAGAGGAGAAGGAUGUUUACCAGGGAAGGGUGUUCAGCUUUGUGCAUCUGAGCAUCCAGGAGUUCCUGGCAGCGUUGUAUGUGUUUCUCUGCUUCAGCAACAGAGAGAGAAACAUGUCUGACCAACAGCAAACCUCUCCGCUCUCUGCUCUGUUUAGAGCUGCAAAUUCUCACUUCAAUACCAUUUGUCACAAAAGGCAAACCUCUCAGCUCUCUGCUCUGUUCAGAGCUGCAACACUUCAUGAACUGCACAAGACUGCAGUGGAUCUGGCCUUACAGAGUAGGAAUGGACACCUGGACCUUUUCCUCCGCUUCCUUCUGGGCUUCUCACUGGAGUCCAAUCAGAACCUCCUAAAACACCUGCUGCCCCAGACCAGCAGCCAAACACAGAGCUCAGUGCAGACAGUCCAGUAUGUCAAAGGGAAGAUCAGAGUUAAGUCAAACAUAACAAUCAACCUGUUCUACUGCCUGAAUGAGCUGAAUCAGCAUGCUGUAGUGGAGAGCAUUGACAAGAAGGAAGGAAAACUGUCUGUGGAGAUGCUCUUACCAGGAGAGUGGAGGACUGUGACAUUUUAUCUCACGAUGUCAGAAGAGCAGCUGGGUGGGUUUGACCUGCAGAAAUACAUGAAGACACCAGUUGAAGACCAGACAGAACUCCUCUGCCCUGAUGAUGUUCUUCAGAAGCUGGUGCCAGUGGUCAUAACAUCCAUCCAGACCGUAUGAUGUGAAUAAACGUGAGAAAUACGGACAGUCGGCCACAUCCACGACCUAUC